UUACGCAUUUUACAUCUUGUGGAUAGAUGUGUACACAUUCCAGAUUUUGUGAACAACUUACAUAGUUGAUUGACUACUUUUGGAAUCAUUUUCCAUGAAUAUUGUAGCUCUUUCAAUUCAGGAUAAACUUUUGGGUUGCCCGAAGUCGCUCUCAAGGUUUCAGUGCUGUGAUUUCUGCAUAAUAUAAGCACAUUAGCAUUGAGUGAUGGUAAUUGCCAAGUGCUUUUUCCUAAUAACCUAUAUGAUGCAUUCGUAAUUGUGAGUGAACUUCGGCUUUGUUGCUGCUCUAAUAAAUACAUCAUCACUAGGCAAAACCAUAACACCUGCCACGUUGUUCUAUCUCUUAGUCUCUGCACUGACGUAAAUAAUGUCUGUUGUAUGCCUUUAGAUCUUCCAUACAAAAGCACCAGCUGAGUAAGAAAAACAAGUAAAAAGAAUGAACUGUUGAAGGGGGAGUCAACUCAUAAAAUAUCCCCAAGAGCAGUGCACAUAAGUAAAUCCUACGUGGUUCCGUUCCCUGCCAAGGGGAGCUAUAUUCUGUUGUUCAAAUGGCUCAUGAUCAAGGAACUCUACUGGGUAAGGUCGACAAACCAGAGAGCAUUAAUGAACGCGCUACAACGGUAGCAUUGUCAUCCACAUAGCUUUUGAUGGUUAGGCAGCUAGUCCUACCAUGUAUCUCUGAUAGGCUAGGAAGCUACUUCUAUCAGUAUGUUCAAAAUUGAACAACGCUGGAUAUUCCAUAAGAAUUUUUGUUGCUUUACUCUUGUAUGUUGCUGAUCUGUACAUGCUGUUCAUUAAUGAAGAUAGAGAGAUCAUUUUUCACAUACUUCACAUCAGGUGGCAAUUUCUUACUUUGUAUGAUAUGUUUGAUAUAGCUUCCGUUGUAAGAUUUCAUUUUUUGUUGUUGUUUUCUGUUCCUGGAACAAGGUUUAGCAACAACGGAACUUUAAAUUAUGACUGGUCGUAUCUUCUAACUAAAAAUGACAAUAUUGAAACUUUAAACUGUGACUGGUUGGGUAUCUUCUAACUGAAAACAACCGGAAGACCUGAUACAGUAAUUUAUUUGCUAUUUCUGAGCUGUGAAAUGGAUGCCGCAGGGAGAUGAAAAAAAGGGACUAUAAUGAAGCAAACCUUGCAGUUUGCUCUGACUGCACAUGUAGGGAUCCUUUCUUUUAUAACAUACAUGAUACAGUUAUCCUUUAAUUAGAUGAAAAACCUAGACCUCCCUUACCACUGAUGUAUGUACAACAUAAAAAAUCCAAUACAAAGUGUUAAGUUAAAUAGACAGAAAGAAAGUGAUAUUGCAAUGUUUCAUCAGUGGUAGAGUGGAGAAGAGGUUGACUUCACAAUUUGCAAGUGCGCAUCUGCACCUUGAUGCCCCAGUUAGCUCUUAGUCUCUUUUUCUUAACACCUCCUGGACAAGAUGGCUCUCCUGCAGGUUUAUAUCAGCCUAAAAAACUCUAAAUUUUGGCUGAAAUGGUGCAAGACUGAAAACAAAUGCUGGCUGGCGAACACUUAUUUAGUCAUGCCAACAAAGGAGCCUGUCCAGACAACCAGAUGAUACAUCCGAGCUUGACACUCUUCCGCUGCUCUAACGAACCUUCCCUUUAUUAUCUUUCCAGACAACAGCAGAUGAUGACUUAGAGUCAGUCAUGCCAACAGAGGAGCCUCUCUGCUCCCAUGUCUACAAGGCUAAGUACAAAUUAUUUUGGUUGUUAGAGUUUAAAGCAGAUCAUAUGCUAUAAAGGUUUGCUGAUUGAGUCUGUGGAAUUGGUUAGCAUGUGAAGAUCUGGAGUGCCUUUAUAGAGACAGAAGAAUGAGUUCACUCACAUGCAAGUACGCAGCCAAGUUGAAUAAGUUGAGUAUAUAAUUUAGGAGACAGGCUUGUAUUCUUUAUAUAUAUUCUUCUCUCUCCUGGAGUGCAAUCAUUUUGAGAGAUGGAAAUUGGCAAUGGAUUCCGAAACUUAUAACAUGGCUGAAGCAGCCAUGAGUUGAGCAAUGCACCAGACCAUAACUUGCAGAGGAGGCAUAUUGUUCCCGACUUAUCUAUCCUCCGAGCAAUUUUGUUAAGCUGCACACUUGAGAAUAUGCCAAUUUAUCCAGAAUUGCUGACUGUGAUAUGUUCUCUUCAUUUAUGCAUGCACGGGUCUUGUUCCACUUCAAUUGGCAACCCAUGCAACUAUGUACAGUUGUUGCCUAACCGAUUGACAAACCGGUUCACCGAAACAAUAGUAGGGCAAGAAUGGAGAGCUAUAUGAAGAAGGGUUGAUGAACUCUUUGAUCUUUUCACGGCUGUAGUAAUGGGACCUGUCUGGUCUUGUCUAGCACUAUUUCUUUACCGCAACAACUUAUAAUUUCCCGACCAUACACAUGGUUGUCUAUUAACUUCAGAGACCAUCAUUUGAAAUCUUCCUCUCUUUCACUAAAUAAAAUAAAAUGACAUAAAUUUGAAGCCUUCCUCUGAUGGGCCUUAUAUUCUCAUCCAUAGCUUGGGCACUGGAUUCUUAAUGGUGGAUGCUGAGGAGAGAAAUGUUGACAUCAUCUGCUAAUGGCUAUACUGAAGGCACAACUACACACCAAAAGUGAAUUCUUCAUAUUGUGUGAGUUCACGUUGUCCGUUCGUGACUAGUUACAGUUGCCGGGAUUUGUUUGUACACUUCCUCAUGCUUUAUCCGCCUCGAAUAGGAGAAAUAUUGGUACAAUGGAGGUUUAUGAAGAGAUGGUUCGAUACCUGCAUACCUCCAUUGAUAUAUGUGUUACUCGGUAAAAAAUGUAUUUUAUCUGCAUCCUUGUGUUGUUCUUUUGAAUGCCCAUAUUUUUUUUUGAAAGGAACAAAUUACCUUACCCAAAAACAUAUGCUGUAUCAUUUGAAAAGUAUUUCUGUGUACCUCAAAUUGUGAAAAAGGCACUGUCCGGUUUGUUGCAAAAGAAUAGUUAUUCGAAAUUUAGGAUAAAUGGAUAAUAAUCUAUAUCUGAUCACAUCCAGAAAAUUAGCUAUAGUGGUAAUAAUUUUAUUUUCAUUAUCAAGUAUCCAGUUUAUUUAGGUGCACAUUAUCUAAUAUUCUAAUGCAUGUGUUGAUUCUACUCUUAUAUGGAAAUGGAGGGCUAAGCUGGGCAAAAGACAGAUUGACGAGUGCGUGUUCAUUUUUGGCUCAGUUUUAUCUGUUUAUUCCCUCUUCGAUACCUUUUACUGAAAGUGAUGAUCUUUAUAUAAUGUUUCUUGUUGCUCACAUGUUCAUUUUGUUUUGCUCCCUAAGGUGUUUUUUAGGACUGCAAGUCUUUAAGUUCAUCAUUGUUAGUGAAAAAACAACAAAAUGAUUACUGCCUCAGUUGCCAGCCUAGCUCAUUACUUAUUACUGCUAAUAUUGUUAUUAGCUAAGUGGUUGUUCCCUAAUAAGGCCUAUGUUCAUUGCAUUUGCAGAUUUUGUUGUGAUAUGUUCAUGGUUCCCAACAUAAGCAUUGAGCUGUUGAGAUAUAUGCUUUGAGUGUGGAAUUUGUUUUUGUUGAGUUCAUGAAUUCUACAUUUUAUGCUAGGAUUGGCUUUGUUGAAGUGUUGAAGCACUAAAAGUACUUGUUCCAAGGCAAGUAGUACUUUACUUUUCCCUAACUAGUUGCAGUUGACUUAGUUUAAGAUUAUUCUGCAGAUUGUAAGCCUAAAAAAUAUUAAAAUAUAAAGUUAUGCAGCAAAUAAUGGAGGCACAUAAUUUGUUCAUUCUCCACUAAGCACUUUAAAUCUCUUAUUAUAUUGAGAAAAUUGCAGACUACAAAAAGGCACCUUUUAAAUUAUUAAAAAGGAAGGCCAAGAUCAUACUGAGAUCAUCCUUCAGUUAGGAAGUUUCUUUGUGAUGCCCUCAUCUUCGAUCCUCAGUUUUGUUCUAAUAUUACGGCCUCAGUAGCAUAACACAGGUUCAAUGCAUAUGGAGAUUUUCUUCUGAUUUGAUUCCAUCGUACAUGAUUAAUGUUCAGCCCCGUAAUAACUACUGCUUUCCCUUGCAACCUUUUUGUACUUAACGAUGUCUUGUAGUGAUUGCAUGGAUGAUGUUUGCCUAGCUACAGGUGUCGAGUGAAGACGUAUGUGGGAUAGAUAAGUGCAUAGUCUAGGUGCAUAACCACACAGAUGCAUAUAUAACUCUAGCCAUAUCCUGUGCACACUAAUCUGUUGCUAAUGUCACAAGAUUUGCACACUAGCCAUAUCCCCUGUGUCUCUUCCUCUCUUACACCGGGGACAUGUAAACGAUAUUUGCGGUAGUUAACGAAAACAAUUACCUUGAUCUAGGGAACUUAUUGUCAAUCUAGCUGCUGUUUGGGGGAUAAGAAACAAAGAUAAUUUAUGGUCUUGUAUCAAGGACCCUGUCAUCUGACUAGAAGGUGAUACGGAAACUUCUAAUUCUGGGAACGGGAAACUGUAACAAAGGUUACUAUCUAGUUUUCAUGGCACUACAAAAGAAAAAUACUUUUAUGUUGCAUUCAAACUUAUUCAGUUCUUAAGAUGCAUCAACAAAACAACCUGUUGUUUGAGUAAAAUGAUCUGAAGUACAUGGAGCACUCAUAUACUUGACUCCCCACUCAAACAAUUUUCUGAGUCCAAGAAUUAUGAUGUGUUCGUAUCCUACUGCUGUCCUAUGCUGCUGACUUGAUCACUGUCACCAGGAUGUGUAUCAAACAUAGCUGUAAUGACUAAUGGAAGUACCACAUUGGACAUAGCUCCAUCCCGCUGCAUGGAAAGUGAAAUCAGACAAGUCUCCUAGAAGUCCAAACUUUAAGCCUAUUGUAGAGCAUUUCAUAAAUGUACUACUACCAGGCGUUAACAUCUGUCAAAAAUAAUUUGAAUUAGUCGGAACUGAGAACUCCAUGCCAGUGCACGUAAAGUGGAAUCAGACAAGUCUCCUAGAAGUCCAAACUUUAAGCCUAUUGUAGAGCAUUUCAUAAAUGCAGUACUACCAGGCGUUAACAUCUGUCAAGAAUAAUUUGAAUUAGUCACAGCUCCAUGCCAUUGCACGGAAAGUGGAACCAGACAAGUUUCAUAGAAGUCUGAGUUUUACCCCUAGCUUCGUCGUUUGUGUAGAGCAUUUCCUAAUUGCCGAGUUACCAGGUUUUAACACCUGUUACUGGUAAGCUUAAUCACUUCUACUCUAUGCAUCAAGGUGACCUUCCUGGAAGUUUCCCUCCAAGCAUUGGUAGGAUAUCUUUUGGAGUCCCUUUCUUGGAGUCACUAAACAACCUUUCAUCUGCCUUUGUUGCAUGGAUGGAUGGAUGCCCACUUGAUCUUGUCUGGUUUUACCACUGUAAUUCUCUGGGGUGGUCAUGGCCAUUGCAUACUUUAAGCCUUUUGCUAGCUCCUAAGCUCCAAGCAAGUAGAAUAAUGAGUAGGAUAAGUUUAGGGUCAGAAGUGUGCCUCCUAGUGCGUAAACAAACUGCCUGCAUGUGGGGGGUAUGAUGUCCUUUUGAUAUGGCAUAUCAUCCCUUGUGUGCCUCUAUAUAAAGGCCCCCCAACUCAACACCCCUCUCAUCUCAUACCACACUAGCCACCAGUCCACAAGCUGUCUGUCUAGCUGCACUCCUCCUCUCUUUGCCUUGCACCAAGCUUCCCGAGCAUACCAUGAAGAUUGGCGGCCAGGGGAAGCUCAACAGGGCUUUCAGGGAGAAGAGGGCUAGGUUCUACAUCUUCCGCCGCUGCGUCGUCAUGUUGCUCCGAUGGAGCGACUGAUGGGUCUCUCCAUGACAGAUCUUGUUUUUUCCUUCCAUUCUAGGAUUUUUUUUUGGCACUGCCAUUUUUCAGGGUUAGAGUAGUUUAGCUGUAGUCGCUCUGUAUAGGCUAGACUUCAUCAUUUGAGGUCCUUUUUUCUCGGCAAAGGGAGAGAGAUCCAGCUCCGUAGUCUGAGGCUGCCAUCUUCUUGUACGACUGGAGAAAUUAAAGAUUGAUGUGAAGAUCAUUUCUUACCUGUUCUUCAACUUGAUGUUAUACUGUUGAUGAUAAUUAUUAAUUGGCAAGUUGAUGACAAUCUGA